AUGAUCCUCUCCCGCCACGGCUCGAUCUCCAUAAUGCAGAUCUUCCUCCUACCAAAGAACGAGAUCUACCUAGUCGACAUCCACACGCUCGGAUCCUCUGCCUUCUCCACCCUCUCCGCGAGCGGCACAACUCUAAAGACUAUUCUCGAGGAUGAAACUAUUCAGAAAGCCUUUUUCGACGUCCGCAACGACUCCGAUGCAUUGUAUAGUCACUUCGGUAUCCACCUCGCAGGCAUUCAGGAUAUCCAGCUCCUCGAGCUUGCCACUCGCAGUGGCUCGCGAAGAUUUAUCAAUGGUCUUGCGCGGUGCAUCGAGAGGGAUGCGGUCUUGUCCGGGUCCGAGGCGAGAACAUGGAGAGAUAUCAAGGAAAAAGGACGCGGCCUCUUUGCACCAGAACACGGUGGGUCGUAUGAGGUGUUUAAUGCCCGACCCCUGUCGGAGGAAAUUAUACUGUACUGUGCGCAGGAUGUCAGGAUUCUGCCGAGAUUGUGGGCCGCAUACAACGGUAAGCUGGGUUCUAGCUGGAGGGGACGGAUUGAGGUCGCUACGCGCGAUAGGAUCAAUGUUUGCUUUCAGGCUGGGUAUACUGGUGUUGGGAGGCAUAUGGCUUUCGCGCCUUCGGGAUGGGCUUAG